GCCGGCGCGGGCUCCGGGCGUGCGGCGAGGAGUUCGCGUGCCCCGAGCUGGAGGCGCUGUUCCGCGGCUACACGCUGCGGCUGGAGCAGGCGGCCACCCUGAAGGCGCUGGCCGUGCUGAGCGCGCUGGCGGGAGCGCUGGCUCUGGGCGAGCUAUUGGGCGCGCCGGGGCCCGCGCCCGGCCUGGCCCGUGGGUCGCACCCGGUGCACUGCGCGCUCUUCCUGGCGUUGCUCGCGGUCACCAACGUGCGCUCGCUGCGGGCACCGCGCCUGCGGCAGGUGGCUCAGCUGGCGCUGCUGCUCAGCCUCACCUUUGCGUUGCUCUGCUGCCCGCUGGCGCUCGGCGGACCCGCGCGGGGCCUGGCCGGGGCGGCCGAGGGCUCGUCGGCCGCGGAGCAGGGCGUCUGGCAGCUGCUGCUGGUCACCUUCGUGUCCUACGCCCUGCUGCCCGUGCGCAGCCUGCUGGCCGUCGGCUUCGGGCUCGUGGUGGCCACCUCGCACCUGCUGGUCACAGCCACCCUGGUCCCCGCCAAGCGCCCACGUCUCUGGAGGACGCUCGGAGCCAAUGCGCUGCUCUUCGUGGGUGUGAACAUGUACGGUGUGUUCGUGCGCAUCGUGACGGAGCGCUCGCAGAGGAAGGCCUUCCUGCAGGCCCGGGGCUGCAUCGAGGACCGCCUGCGGCUGGAGGAUGAGAACGAGAAGCAGGAGCGGCUGCUCAUGAGCCUUCUGCCCCGGAAUGUCGCCAUGGAGAUGAAGGAGGACUUCCUCAAGCCUCCCGAGAGGAUUUUCCACAAAAUUUACAUCCAGAGGCACGACAACGUGAGCAUCCUGUUUGCAGACAUCGUGGGCUUCACGGGCUUGGCUUCGCAGUGCACGGCACAGGAGCUGGUGAAACUGCUCAACGAGCUCUUCGGCAAGUUUGACGAGUUAGCCACGGAGAACCACUGUCGCCGCAUCAAGAUCCUCGGGGACUGCUACUACUGCGUGUCCGGCCUCACCCAGCCCAAGACCGACCAUGCCCACUGCUGCGUGGAGAUGGGGCUUGACAUGAUCGACACCAUCACGUCCGUGGCUGAGGCCACUGAGGUCGAUCUGAAUAUGCGUGUGGGGCUGCACACCGGCAGGGUCCUUUGUGGUGUCCUGGGCCUGCGCAAGUGGCAGUACGAUGUGUGGUCCAACGACGUGACCCUGGCCAAUGUCAUGGAGGCUGCUGGCCUGCCAGGGAAGGUUCACAUCACAAAGACGACGCUCGCCUGCUUGAACGGGGACUAUGAGGUGGAGCCAGGCCGUGGUCAUGAGAGGAACAGCUUCCUGAAGGCGCACAACAUCGAGACCUUCUUUAUUGUGCCGUCCCAUCGGCGAAAGAUUUUCCCUGGGCUGAUCCUCUCGGACAUCAAGCCGGCCAAGAGGAUGCGCUUCAAGACCGUGUGCUACUUGCUGGUGCAGCUCAUGCACUGCCGGAAGAUGUUCAAGGCCGAGAUCCCCUUCUCCAACGUCAUGACUUGUGAGGAUGAUGACAAGCGGAGGGCGCUGAGAACAGCCUCGGAAAAGCUCCGCAACCGCUCGUCCUUCUCCACCAACGUGGUGUACACCACGCCGGGCACGCGGGUGAACAGGUACAUCAGCCGGCUGCUGGAGGCGCGGCAGCCCGAGCUGGAGAUGGCGGACCUCAACUUCUUCACGCUCAAGUACAAGCACGGGGAGCGGGAGCGCAAGUACCACCAGCUGCAGGACGAAUACUUCACCAGCGCCGUAGUCCUCGCCCUCAUCCUGGCUGCCUUAUUUGGCCUUAUCUACCUUCUGGUAAUCCCGCAGAGUGUGGUCGUCCUGCUCCUGCUAGUGUUCUGCAUCUGCUUCCUGGUCGCCUGUGUGUUGUACCUGCACAUCACCCGGGUCCAGUGUUUUCCAGGGUGCCUGACGAUUCAGAUCCGCACGGUCCUGUGCCUGUUCAUAGUGGUCUUAAUCUACUCUGUGGCCCAAGGAUGUGUGGUGGGCUGCCUGCCCUGGGCCUGGAGCUCUAAGUCCAACAGCUCCCUGGUGGUCCUGACGGCUGGUGGCCGGCGCACCGUGCUGCCUGCCCUGCCCUGUGAAUCGGCCCAGCACGCCCUGCUGUGCUGCCUGGUGGGAACCCUCCCACUAGCCAUAUUCCUGCGGGUGUCCUCCUUGCCAAAGAUGGUCCUGCUGUCCGGGAUCACCACAUCCUAUAUCCUGGUCCUGGAGCUCAGCGGCUACACCAAGGUUGGGGGUGGAGCCAUCUCUGGGCGCAGCUACGAGCCGAUCAUGGCCAUCCUGCUCUUCUCCUGCACGCUGGCCCUGCAUGCCAGGCAGGUGGACGUCAGGCUGCGGCUGGACUACCUCUGGGCAGCACAGGCAGAAGAGGAGCGGGACGACAUGGAGAGGGUGAAGCUGGACAACAAGAGGAUCCUCUUCAACCUCCUGCCGGCCCACGUUGCACAGCACUUCCUCAUGUCCAACCCCCGGAACAUGGAUCUGUACUACCAGUCCUACUCCCAAGUAGGGGUCAUGUUCGCAUCCAUCCCCAACUUCAAUGACUUCUACAUUGAGCUCGACGGCAACAACAUGGGGGUUGAGUGUCUGCGGCUGCUCAACGAGAUUAUCGCUGACUUUGAUGAGCUCAUGGACAAAGACUUUUACAAGGACCUGGAGAAGAUCAAGACCAUUGGCAGCACCUACAUGGCUGCAGUGGGGCUGGCACCCACCUCGGGGACCAGGGCUAAGAAGUCCAUCUCUUCCCACCUCUGCACGCUGGCCGACUUCGCCAUUGAGAUGUUUGACGUCCUGGAUGAGAUCAACUAUCAGUCCUACAACGACUUUGUCCUCCGAGUUGGCAUCAACGUUGGCCCAGUGGUGGCUGGAGUGAUCGGUGCGCGCAGGCCCCAGUACGACAUCUGGGGAAACACAGUCAACGUGGCCAGUCGGAUGGACAGCACCGGAGUUCAGGGCAGAAUCCAGGUGACGGAGGAGGUCCAUAGGCUACUGCGGAAGUGUCCCUACCAUUUUGUUUGCCGAGGCAAAGUCAGCGUCAAGGGCAAAGGGGAGAUGCUGACCUACUUUCUGGAAGGCAGGACUGAUGGGAACGGCACCCACUCGCGGUCCAUGCACCUGCAGCGGAGGAUGUAUUCUUAUGGGGGAGCUGGAGGCCAGGCCAGACGGCCACCCCUGUGUCCUGCCGCUGGCCCCCCAGUGAGGGCUGGGCUCCCCCCAGCACCCCCUGGCCCAUACCUGCCAUGCACAGCACCAGGGAAGGAGGCUUAGUGGACCCACGUGGGCUGCUGGAGGCGCAUGCAGGGUGACACGGGCCACCAUGGCCCUGGCCAGGACCAGCCAAUGAGCAGGGCAGGGAGCCAGUGGCCGGGCUGCAGAAGGAGCAUUGUCCACAUGUGGCCUGAUGCCACCAGGAGCUGUGCCUGUGCCACCCUGCCCUGCCUGGAUCAGGCUGUGUCGGCAUUGGGACCUUCAGGAUGCCUGCCGUGGAGGUCUGCCUGGCAGAGGGACGGAGGAGCCACGCCGCAAGGGAGCUCCAAGUCGGCGCCAGGCGAGAGGUCCGGGCCACACAGGCCUGUGGGUGGCGGACAGGCUUCUCGCUACCAGGAAGCGGGGCCGCUGGCUUCCCUGAGAGCAGGUCCAUGCUGUGAGCCAGAGGCGGGUCUUCUGGGUCCUUGGGGCCAUAGCCUCUCCAUUGUUGGUCACCACCAGCUGCUCAUCCUGUCUGUGUGUCCCCUGCCACUGCACCUGGAUCCUGUGACAGGCAGGAGGCACCUGUAUGUCACUGUGGUUCCAUGGAGAACUGGCACCUGUCCUGCCUUCCUCUGAGGUAUGUGGGGUCCUGGGUGUUGAAUGAACACCCAGGUUCCAUUGUGCAGAGAGCCUGUGACAAUUACACCCACAGGUCAGGUUCCUGGAGGAAAGACAUUGUUUCCCUGGCAUGGCCAGUCCUCUUGGGGACGUUGUCAUCUUCAAACUGUGAGGUCCUGCAUCCAGGUGGCCCUGGUUCAAUGUCCAGAGAGGCUGCAGGUAGCCCCAUUGAUGCCUGGAACCCCCAACUAUGCUCCAUGGCAACCACAGUUGAAGUGGAGAUGGUGGAAGUGGGUGAUCAGAGGACUGGUAGAGUGGCAGGAGGGGCCUGGCUGAAGUUGCCCAGAUGUCUGGCUCUUGGAGACCUUUGUCCUUGCUCCUGGAGAAGGGCUAGGGGUGGUCCAGGCAGGUGCAUUGGCAAGGGGACAUCCUAAAGAAAGGUGGCCGGCAUAGACUGUGGGGGGCAGGUGGGCUGAGCCCUGCUUGCUCCUGCUGGUGGGGCCCUGCCUCUUGCCUCAGGACGGGUCCCUAUCUAGGUGGGCAGCAGUUCCACCCCGUCCUGGUUUGUGUGGCCAGCAGAGGCAGCAGGGGCCUUGUCACAGCUGGGGGGGCCACCAGGGUGAUGCUUGGGACAGACUGGCCACCUGACCCCAUGGGACUUGGGACAUAGGUACAGAGGGCCUGUGGUCCUGGUGGCUCUAUGUGUGGGAGAUGCUCUCAGGCUCUUCUCUGGCUGUGGGGUGUCCAUCAGAGGUUGGGGGGCUUCAGGCUGCUGCAAGGUCCUGAGCUCCGCCAGCCAUGUCUGGUCAUCAGCUGUGACUGAGUGAGCCAUGGCCUGAGAACCUGCCUGGGGCAUCGCCCCUGCUCCCCUGCCUCGUCUCUGCUCCCAUCUAUCUUGGCUGUGGGAUGCCCGGCUGAUCCUGUGGUCCCCUUUCCACUGGGAUUUUCUCAUCUGUCUGUCCUUCCUGACCAGAUGUGCAGUGGUUGGCUGGCACCAGGCACGGGGGUGGUGGGGUGGGGGGGGAGGGGAAGUGCAGGGUGAUGGUGAGCAGGCUGGUGGGAAGGGCCGCAUGCCGGUGCAUCCUGGUCCCUUUGUUCUGUUCCGAUGUGGCUGCUGGGCUGCCUGGGUAGGGGGCAGAGGCAUGGCCCCAGCCUGUGUGUCCCAUUGCAUAGUCAAGGGGCCUUGUGCAUGGGAUGAAGGUAGGAGCCUGAGGGCAGGAGGGGACCCUGGACUGUCCAUCUGGACUUGUCACGGCCGUGUGGCCCCUCAGAAGUGGAGCAGCAGACAGGAGAGACUCAAAGCAUGGCCGGGGCUGAAACCUGAUGAAAAUAGGUGACACAGGACAACUAACAAUGGCUCCCAGCCCCUGCUGAUGGCGAGAAGCAGGAGCAUUGUUCCCACGAACAUGGAGAGUAGGAUUCAGCUACGACCUGAAUGGACAGCAGCGGAGUGGGUGUAGAAGCCCCACCAGUGGCACCCGGAUCCGCCUCUGACGCUCAGAGCGAAGUGAGCUGCUGUGGGGGACGGGGCCUGGGGGGCCUGCAGGAUGGCACUGCACGCUUGCGUGUCCCCCACCCCGGCACCAGACUGUUUCAUGGGGCUGCCUGGAGGCUUGGCCGAGGGCAGACAUCCCUGUCUCCAUCAGCAGCAGCUCCAAACCCCGCCUCUUCCUCCGAGGUCAGGAGCUGUGUUCAGCCAUAUGUUCCCUGGGGUUUGUUGAAAACCACUUUCUUCCUUUUUAUUUGUGAUAAGCCUGUAUUAUAUUGCCUUAUUUAUUUUUAA